GAAGCUUGACUGUAUCGCGUGCAAGUCGCGUAAAAAGCUUUUAUUUUUAUAUUAAACGAUCUUGGAUUAACUGUUGUGCGAAGAAUUAUAAAAAAAAAACCGUGUGAGAACAAUCAUUAAAUAAAAAAAGGAUCAACAAUAGGUCCAUGGCUCCAUUAGAGUAAAAGAGAUUCUCAGCUCUCAACAGCUGACCACUAUCGAGGGCCUUCAUCUUCCAAGGUCAAGUCCAAAAUCUCAAAAAUUGUCCUGGAUAAAAUCGAGGAUUUUUCAUAUUUCUGUGCGACGAUCGUCCAGGACGAAUCAUGGCACCGUUAUUUUGGCUAUUGAUGAUUGUGACCACCGUUUAUGGAUCAGAGAAAUUUAUUGUCGGAGGUCAAGCAGAUAAUGAAGAUGAAAAGACAACAAAUGAAAAAUUAUUCUCGAGACGAGCCGAUUUUGAUGACCUAGACCUCGACCUGGACCUAACUGCCGAAGAAAGUGCAAAUGUACCUGAUGAUCAACCUGAAGCUCGAUACAGAAAUCCUUUCCCCUAUGCAUUUAAUGGAGGUAAACCUUUCUCCUUAUUGAAAGAUCCGAUAACAGGACAGAUUGACUUUGAAAAAGCACCGCCAUUAAAGGCCGUCAAUUUCACAGAUCAAUAUGAAGAUAUUGAUGACACUAACGAUGAGGAAACGGGAAAACACGUCGAGGCUUAUUUAAAUCAAAAGACAAUUAAAGGAAAAAAUGGCAUUGCAAUUGGACCAAAUGAAAUUAAUCCCUUUUCGCCGAGUUUUCACGAUUUUUUAAAUUUACCCGUUCAAUAUUCAUCGGAUAAAUAUGGAAAGGAUAAAUAUCCAUUGAUAUCAAGUUCAUAUGCAAAUACAAAAGUUCAAAGUGGCUCCAAUCUUUAUAGUACUUAUAAUCAUAGACCUUAUCAUGAAUCUACGACUAGAGCUACAAAUAUUGUUACACGAAGGGCUUAUACAACAACGGAACUAAAAACUGAACCAACAACAACAACAACGACGACGACAACGACUACGAGUACAACAACGACAACAACUACAGAAGCUCCAACAACAACAACAACAACAACUGAAAAAAUUACUUCCCCUGAGCCUCCAGUCACCACAUGGAAACCAAAAACCUCGAGUCGAUACGAAGAGUACGAUGAUAUUUUACCUAUUGAGAAACUUCAAACCCCGAAAUAUGACAAUGAAGUCUCAACAAAACCAAUCGUUGACUACAUUUACGAGGAUUACGAAGAAGAGAAUCAAUAUUCCUCACCAAAGGAAGAAAUUACAUCUCCAAUUUCUUUAAAAUCGGAAACAAAUAUUUCCACUACUUCAAUUCCGGAAAUAAUUAUCGAAACAACAAAAUCUCAACAACUUGUAACAUCAAUGCCAAUCAAUUCAAUGGACACAGAAAAAAAUUCUCAAUUCUCAGAAUCAGAAAUUCCCGUUAUUUCCGGACAUGUUCAUUUUCCAAAUAUUCAUUCCAAUAGACCAAUGUUACCGGAAAGUACCAGCAAUAUUGUCAUUCCCCCCGAUCAGGACACAGUUUCCUUUGUCCUUGGCAAUAGACAAAAUGUCGACGGCAGUUAUUACAGUCACAGUUCCGGUGAAAAUACCUACAGUGGAAUUAUUGGCGAAGGCUCCUUCCGUCCUCUAAUUUCAUCAUCCGAUCAAACUUCAUCAGCUAACAAAAGACCAAUUUCUAUUUUCAAUUUUCCCCAAUUAUCCGAAUCGAACGAUCCAAUUCCAAAUGCACCGAUAACAAGUUCCCUAAUACCAAAUUCUCCUGUCUCAUUUCCAAAUUCUAAUCAUUCACAAAAUGAAAUUGAUUCUCGACCUCAUUUGGAAAAUUCGGAUAAUUCACCAAAUUUAUCCGAGGAUUAUAAAAAUGGUUACAUUGUAUUUCCGGGACCGAGUCGAAAUCAAGAUAUAAAACGACCUGUCGAGGAACAUGUGGUAAUAAUAAAUGAAGCCGAUGGUACAAUUCAGGAAUUCACAACAACAAGUACAAUAUCGCCUCUUGAUUCAGUGACAAAAAAUAAUGGACCACCAUUACCAUCGGAGGAUUUAACACCGCCUAUGGAGAGACCAAGACCAAGACCACCAUUUUAUUUUCACUAUCAACAGCUACCAACAGCAAGACCAGAAUUUUCAAGACCUUCACGACUACCAAUGAGACAGAAACCUGAAUCAAUGCAUUUUAAAAGAAGACCCGUCACGCCCGAUACAAAAUUACCGAAUAUUUUACCGCAAUUUCGACCAAAUGCAAAGGCAUCGCAUGGACAUAGAGGUGCAGAAACAAUUGGAACACUUCCGGCGCAAAUUUAUCACAAUCGACCAAGACCACCGCCACCUUCUUCUUCUUCUUCUUCCUCUUCUUAUUCACGAAGACCGUCGCCAUCGUUUUUGCAGAGAUUGAGUCCACCUCCACCUUCACAUCGAGGAAAUAAUCAUCCAAAAGUAGAGAAUUCCGAACAAAUUGGAAUUAAGAGAAUUCAUCAUUCGCAGGGAAAUUUGCCAGUUAGAGACAAACACUUUCCUGUUAAUUUAGUUCAAAAACAAAAUACCCGUCAGGAUGAUGACACAGGCGAUAGAUAUCCAUCGGAACCACCUCAAAUUCCACCAAGACCAUUACUUUUUCCAAGACACAGAAACGAUGACAUUCCACGUGUGGCAACAUUACAAAUGAUUCAACAACGUGGCAAUGUUGACGACAGUGUUGUUAAUUCAAAUCUUCCACCGCCAUUGAGAACAAAUAUGAACAAUACCGAUUAUGCAAAUCGAAGAAAAGACGACACCGACGAACCACCAGUUUAUGUUGUCUAUCCCGUCAAUAGUGCUGUUAAUAUUCGUCAAGAUGAUUCACGUGAAAAAGACGAGAGUGUUGUAUUUGGUACACACGGUUCACAACGACCAUUACCACCCGAGACACUUCUUCAGGACAAUCAUCAAACAUCCGAACAAAUCGUUGCUCAACCCACAAAACAUCAAAUUUUAACUUCCGAUUUUCCCUAUCCUCUCGAAAGACCAGAUCCUGUUUCACUAUCAGGACCAGUACAAGAAACUCCUCUUCUUGUGCCAAGCGAAGAUGACGACGAAACUAGAGACACAAAUAUCAAUAUUAUUCCUUAUUUACAAGAUUACGUACCAUUUGCAGCUAAAAAACCAAAUACAAUAUCAACAACACUUCAACGUCUUCCAAUAAAUUCACAAUCAACGCCAAUUGCUUAUGUUUUCACACCAACAGCCCAACCAAUAAUUCAUCAUCGUUCCGAUAUUAUUGAUGAUGAAAUUAUGAAAUUUGAUCGUAAUUCAGAGAAACCAAUUCUCCUACCAUCGCAACAACCAUCGAGUUCAUCGAGUUCAGCACCAUCGCCACAAAGUUUUAUGGCGCCAUUCAUUGCCAGUGCAAAUGCAGAAGCGCCGGCAAAAAAUGAUUGGAACGUUGUUGUUGUUGAAUCAAAUGAUUCAAUUAACAAUGAUACAUUAUUGACAGCUGAAAAUACACAAACUGAACGUAGUGAAUUUGAUCCCGAUAAUUUUAAACCACAACUUUUUGGUGGAUUUAAGCCAAUUUAUGAAUUUCCCACUGAAGAUGAAGUUACACGUGAUCGGGAAAUAAAAGACAUGCCUCGAAGUUUGUCAACAUAGUUCAAAAAUAGUGAAAUCAAAAAAAACAAUUUUGUAUGAUGAGAGAAAGAAAGAGAGAGAGAGAGAGUUUAUUUCUAUUACGCUUUUUCAUUGAAAUUCAAUGGAUUUUCAGAGUGGCCACACUUUUUUUUGUUUUUAGUUAAAAAGACGCAUUUUUAAGAAAGUUAUGAGAAUUUAAAAAUAAAAAAUCAUUUUUAAAUUCUCCAAUAAUUUGAAAAAAUCGUGAAGAUUUUUUUUUUGAACGGUAAUUUUGAAAUCAAAAUAUAUUAAUUUUCAAUAGUUGUUUUUGAAUCAAUUUAUAUAAUUUACAAUUGUAUAUUAGUUUUGCUUACACUUAAAUUGCAAAUUAAAAACCGGGAGUAAUCGCUCAUUUUUACAGCGAGAUAAACCGGGAGAGAAAAAGUCUAAAAAUAGUGGUCACCCUGAUUUUAUAAUGUUAGUAUUUUCUUUUUGUAUUAUUUAUUUAAAUUUCUUUUUCCUAACAGAAUUUCCGCCAUUUCUGUACAGUGAAUUAUUAUUUAUUCUCAUUUAUAUUAGAGCGGAUCGAAAAAAAACAGACUGAGAGAAUUUAAAUUAGAUUUUAAGAAAACUAAGUUUAAUCUAGAAAAUAAAUUUUCGAGUAAAUUGUAAAGACAACAGUAAAAGUUGAUUAGAAACAAAAAUCAUUA